AUGAAAUCCUUAUCGAUCAUUGCUAUUACCCUUUUUGCUCUUGUUGCACUGAGUUCAAGUGUUCCUGUUACCAACCAACAAACAGAAGAUCAAGCUCGUUUCGAUUUCUACAAUGAUUUCUUUGCUGGUCUUGCGUCUAAUCUUGUCUCAACAGUAGCCGGUUCGUUACAAGGUCUCCUUACCACACUUAUCACUGAAAAUCCAUUAAACGUUGGCAAACGUGAUGUUGAAACUGAUUUACAAGCUCGAGUUAAUCCAUUCACAUUUCUCUAUGAAAAUGUUCUUCAACAAUUCUUUACUGGUAUUGUUACCAAUGCUUUUGGCGCCGCUACUGAUGGUCUCCUCAACUUGAUCGAAACUAAUCCAUUAGGUGUUGGCAAACGCGAUGUUGAAUCUCGAGUUAAUCCAUUCACAUUUCUUUACGAAAAUGU